GAUCGGGAAGUCCAAAGGAUCCCAGAUAGAACUAACCGACUGUGAACGCGCGCAGUCGCGUGUCAUUGCGCGCUCUCGUCUGGCUUGAAAAAAGGGACAGCUCCAUUGCUUAAAUCCAGAGGGAGGCACAGGCGGAGCAUCUCUGGGUAUCACUCGCUGAAUUGAACACAACACAUUUGGAAAUCUUUUUGUCAUUUAGUGGCACGCUCCAGGACGCACCUAUGCAGAUGGCUGCAACACAGCAAGAGGGCUCGGACCAGAACUUUGAUUAUAUGUUCAAACUGCUUAUCAUCGGCAACAGCAGUGUAGGAAAAACUUCCUUUCUCUUCCGCUAUGCCGAUGAUUCCUUCACCUCUGCUUUCGUCAGCACUGUGGGCAUAGAUUUCAAAGUGAAAACAGUCUACAAGAACGACAAGCGGAUCAAACUACAGAUAUGGGACACAGCGGGUCAGGAGCGAUACCGGACCAUUACCACAGCAUACUACAGAGGAGCUAUGGGCUUCAUCCUGAUGUAUGACAUCACCAACGAGGAGUCCUUCGGUUGUGUGCAGGACUGGUCCACCCAGAUUAAGACGUACUCAUGGGACAACGCCCAGGUAAUCCUGGCGGGGAACAAGGCUGACAUGGAGGAGGAGAGAGUGGUGUCAGUGGAUAGUGGUCGAAUGUUGGCCGAACAGCUUGGGUUUGAGUUCUUCGAGACGAGUGCCAAGGACAAUGUCAACGUAAAACAAACAUUUGAGCGUCUCGUCGACCUCAUCUGCGACAAGAUGUCCGACAGUUUAGAGACUGACCCGUCUGUCACCACAGGAACGUCCAAUGCUAGGCUAACUGACAACCCUCCUCCCUUGCAGCAGCCCAACUGCGGUUGUUAACCAGGAAAAUUACAACAAUCUAAGACGUAUGAGAUUGCCAAAAUAUUGUAUUAUCCCUUAGGUAGAUCUGUAAUACCUUAAAUUGUAUUAUUCUUCAUAUCUGACUUCUGAUGUGCCUAGUACAUUUUUUCAGAUUUUUUUUAUGUUUCAAAUUGUCUGACACAUGUUGUACGUUCACAAAACUGAAAAAUAGACAUGUACAGUAAUGCCAUGUCAGUAUGCGAUGACCAUGAAUCACUAAUGCCACGUCAGUUGGUACAUUUAUCUAUUUAUUUAUAUAAAACAGAGAUACAGGAUCUUCUAUAUACUAUAUUAACCAGAGAAAAUAGUGUGUUGAUUAUGGAAUGCUCUGUCAAUGACAUGAUGAUCUGUGUAUGGUUAAGUUGCCAGUUCCCUCUUGCAUAUCCUGUAUUUCUUCCCUCCCACUAUUCCUAGUGUGUGUGUGUGUGUGUGUCACUUUUAAGCAUUGAACAUUACCGUAAAAAGUAUUACCUACCUUACAAAAGUGAUGCCUUUCAGUUAGUUGUUUGUAUAUUGUUUCAUAUUUUUUCCAUCACCACACUAGAUGUGAAACCCAUGUGAUUAUCUGUGGUUAGAAUGGACCAAUGUGAUUAUCUGUGGUUAGAACUCAUGUGAUUAUCUGUAGUUAGAAUGGACCAAUGUGAUUAUCUGAGGUUAGAAUGAACCAAUGUGAUUAUCUGUGGUUAGAAUGGACCAAUGUGAUUAUCUGAGGUUAGCAUGAACCAAUGUGAUUAUCUGAGGUUAGAAUGAACCAAUGUGAUUAUCCAAGGUUAGAAUUAACCGAUGUGACUAUCCGAGGUUAGAAUGAACCAAUGUGAUUAUCUGUGGUUAGAACCAAUGUGAUUAUCUGUGGUUAGAACCAAUGUGAUUAUCUGUGGUUAGAACCAAUGUGAUUAUCUGUGGUUAGAACCAAUGUAUUUCUCUGUGGUUAGACAGAUGCAUGGCUUUAUUCUCAGGAUAUUAAUAAAGUAGUUUGUUCAGAGACUGGAUUAGCUGCCAUAGUAUAACAGUUGUCUAAUAUUAACAUGUACAGUACUAUAUUGUAGGAUAGGUAGGUAGUCAUGAUAAUAAUGCCAGUGUGGUAUUUAACAGUUUACUUUAUUAAAUAAGUGGUUCAUUUAAUGUGGCUGUAAAGUGGUAUGAUUACUAACCCAAUGACUGCUGUUUGAAAACAGUAUGUAUCUGUGAGUGCAGAGAACAGUUUCUGAUGUGUUUCUCAAUGUUAUAUCUAUGUACAAGCAAUGGUCUGUGCAAUACUGCCAACUGGUCAGUCUUCUGGAGUAACUAAGACCUAAUCAUUUCUGCAGUGCGGAAUCCAUUGUAGGUCAUCCUCAGUUGUCAGCCGUACGUUACAGUCUGGGUUUACGGAUGUCCUCAAAUGGGUUCCGUACUGAAGUGCUAGGUCCAGUGCUGCGACUGUUAAUGAAAUGGUCCUAAAUUAAACAGCAGAAAGCUCAUAAUAAUGCCAGUUCCUGGAAAAAUACAGAUUGAGAGACAUUGUGAGACAUACAGAGAACCCAAGGAGAGGUCCCAGACAACUAUUUCAGGGAUGUGAGUCACGGCAUCAAUAUUUCAAAAGUCUGACCUGACUUGACUACAGGAUUAAGAAUAAGGAGCCACUUCCAUAAUUCAUACCAUCUCAUUCUCUGGACUUCACCUCAAAUACUUUUUAUUAGAGACACUCCUUCUGACAUUAUUCACCAUUCAUUUACUGUACUUGCAGUAAUGUUUUACUUCUGUUUUCGACUUUGUUACUUUUCUAUUGUUAUAGAAAAGUUCCCUUGAAGAAACCAGAGACAGUUAUCCUAAAUGGACCCCUAUGUGCCAAUGUGCUAUAAAACAAAUAGAAAGGAAGCUGUGUUUAGGUGUUGUGAGAUUAUUUUGUGAAAAAGGGUAUGCUACUAUUAGCUAGACCAAGUGUCAUGCCAAAUAGUGUCUUGUAGAAAAUGCUGCAAUCGAUUGUUGCACUUGUGAAAACGAACUGCCUCUGAAUCGUUGCAUUUUCAGUAGCAAACAAUUUUCAGCAGCACACUUGCAUGAAAUUGUGCAAGAUCUAUUUCUAUAUAUCUAUAUCGGUAUACUUAUUGUAUUGUAUUUGUGCACCUUCAGGUCUCGUCUUGAGGUGCAAUGGGCCAAUAAGUGCAAUAUUUUAAAAGCCUAUUUCUCUGUGAAUAGCCAUCAGUCUGUGCCAUGCAUAACUGUUAGGAUUGAAUUCCUUUUUACGAGUGGUGUGUGAGUAGGGGUUCAAUGGGCCAGUGGCGUAGUGGAAAGUCUCCUACUUUUGUAGCAGAAAACGUAAGAUGAGUCCUAAUAGUGGAACAAGAGAAAGCAAGUUCCGAUGUCUUCCCAACUGAACCCCAGUGGGCAUGAUUGUGAUGUGUGAUAGUGAGAAAAUGCAGCCUGUCAGAAAGCCAAGUCAUUUUCUCACAGUGUCAACACUGUUAUCUAAAGACGGGAAACCUCUCUAGAUGGUUCCGCUGCCAAGACAGUUGUCGACAAAGUGGUAGAGAGAAUGCUGUACGUGUGAAUGAGAGAGAAUUCUAUGUGUGAUUGGCUGCCUCCCCUUGUACAUUCAUCCACCUCCUUGAUGAAAUAUAUCCUAUUUGUUGUUUUAUAGACUUCAGCAUGUGUACAGCUUUAUAUUGUGUUUUCUGGUGCAGUAACAACAGCCCUCUUAGUAUGCGGGUCCCAAGAUAUUGAAGUGUUGUCUGUUCAGCUUCUGUGAAACAUCGAGACAGAGAUGAAGCCUUACUACGGUAUAUGCAGUAUGGACAGAAACAAGACAAACUGGUUAAUAACAGGUCACUUUAGCCUUUGUUAUUGAAUAAGUCAUAAACGGCAUUGUCAUUCCAUUUAUAACACAUGUAACGGAUGUGAAACGGCUAGCUUAGUUAGCGGUGCGCGCUAAAUAGCGUUUCAAUCGGUGACGUCACUUGCUCUGAGACCUUGAAGUAGUAGUUCCCCUUGCUCAGCAAGGGCCGUGGCUUUUGUGGAGCGAUGGGUAACGAUGCUUCGAGGGGGACUGUUGUUGAUGUGUGCAGAGGGUCCCUGGUUCGCGCCCGGGUAUGGGCGAGGGGACGGUUUAAAAUUAUACCGUUAUACACACAAAAAGAGAGAGAAAAAAAAAAAGAGAAACAGCGUACUUCUCUGUAUACCAGGGGCUCUAAUGAUAAAACACUAAUGAUCAAAUGUUGACCCCCUUGACCCCUCUUAGGUUAAUUGGCACUCUACUAUGUACAGUACGGUGUCCUUGACAGCAGGUCACUUUCCCUUCACCUUUUUGAAACAAUUGUUUGUAGUGCGCUGCUCCUCGGUCUGGCAUUUUCUGCUUUGUGGACGUGGAGAAGCCAGUUCAGAGAUCCUAGCCUGCCCUAUUCUGCCGUCGCAUCUGUUCAAGCGUAACGCCAGCUGCUCACCUCACCAAUAUUCUCUGGGACCUUUCCUCCAUGUAGACCAACACAAUUAGAAUUCAAGCGGUGAACAAACCCUCAAAAGCCUCUCACAAAUUCCCCAUACAACUGCUAAAUGUUGUUUUCUCCUGUUGUUCUUUCACACGUUCUCAACAUGUCUGUACUGUAGCUGGGAGUGUUUGAAUCGGACCAUCUCUUCGGCUGUAGAGACACACUGGUAGUAAUAAAACGUGUCAAUGGAGUGUCUGGUUAAAAAAAUAAGUCAAGUGGUUUCUUUGAAUUCUUGAUUUGUAUAAUAGCUAUCCUAUAACAGAAAAUGUUUGCUGUAUCUCUUUUGAGUCUUCAGAUGGACCUAAACUGAUAAUAGAUCAUUGUACCAUUAUAGUGACCUACAGUAUUCUAUUUUCCUUGUAUGAACUACUCAUGAGCUGGAUAUUUACUUUUAUGUGUAUAUGACAUGAUGUAUUACACAGGUGUUUUCAAGAUGACAAUAAAAAUAUACCAAUUGUA